AUGACGCAUCCGGCGGCCCACACGUCCGCCGCGCCCGGGAUCAGCCGCCACGUCGCGUCCACGUCGUCGCCCGCCGCGCGCCCGCCGCCGCCGCCGCCGCCGCCGCCGCCGCCUCGUCGCGCCCGCCGCGCCGACACCGUCCCGGUGUUCGUCGACGGCGAAGAGAUCGCGGUCCCCAAGGGCGUCACCGUGCUCCAAGCGUGCGAGCAAGCUGGCGUCGACGUCCCUCGUUUUUGCUACCACCAGCGGCUCUCCAUCGCGGGGAACUGCCGGAUGUGCCUCGUGGAGGUGGAGAAAUCGCCCAAGCCGGUCGCGUCGUGCGCGAUGCCGGUGAUGCCGAACAUGAACAUCAAGACGACGACGCCGCUGGUGAAGAAGGCGAGGGAGGGGGUCAUGGAGUUUCUGCUCAUCAACCACCCGCUUGAUUGCCCCAUCUGCGAUCAGGGCGGCGAGUGCGAGCUUCAAGACCAGUCGCUCGUGUACGGCAGCGACCGAUCGCGUUUCACGGAGUACAAGCGCGCGGUCGAGGACAAAGAGCUCGGCCCGCUCGUGAAGACGGUCAUGAGCCGCUGCAUCCACUGCACGCGGUGCGUGCGGUUCGCCACCGAGGUUGCGGGCGUGCAAGACUUGGGCGUCACCGGCCGCGGCGGGAUGGCGGAGAUCGGCACCUACGUCUCGAAGCUGCUCAGCUCCGAGCUCUCCGGGAACGUCAUCGACCUGUGCCCCGUCGGCGCGCUGACGUCCAAGCCGUUCGCGUUCACCGCGCGAUCGUGGGAGCUUCGGCAGACGGAGAGCGUGGACGUGACGGACGGGUUGGGGAGCAACAUUCGAGUGGACGCGCGCGGAACGGAGGUGAUGCGCGUGGUGCCGCGGCUGCACGAGGGCGUGAACGAGGAGUGGAUCAGCGAUAAGGCGCGGUUCUCGUACGACGGGCUGAAGCGGCAGCGGCUGGACUCGCCGAUGGUGAAGGACGCGUCGGGGAAGCUGAGGCAGGCGACUUGGGAACAAGCCCUCGACGCGGUCGCGGCGAAGAUGAGAUCGACCCCCCCCGAACAGAUGAAAGCCAUCGCGGGCAAACUCGCGGACGCCGAGUCCAUCGUCGCGUUGAAGGACAUGUUCAACCGCGUCGGCUGCGGCAACACGCGCGCGGAAUCCGUCGAGGGCGUCUCCGCGGACUCGCGCUCGUCCUACCUGUUCAACAGCAACAUCGUCGGCGUCGAGGACGCGGACGUGAUCCUGCUGAUUGGCUCGGAUCCGCGCUCGGAGGCGCCGGUGUUGAACGCGCGUCUGCGACGCGCGAACGUCGCGGGGGGCACGCGCGUCGCGAGCGUCGGUCCGACGCGGGACCUGACGUACCCGGUCGAGUCCCUGGGCGACUCCGCGAGAGACCUCGAGACGCUCGCGUCCGGGUCGCACCCGUUCUUCGAGACGAUGAAAGCCGCGGAGCGGCCGUUGAUCAUCGUCGGCGCGAGCGCGUUACGGCGCGCGGAUAAAGACGCGGUGAUGAAGGCGAUUCACGCGUUGGCGGACGCGACGGGCGUCGUCGCGGACGACUGGAACGGGUUCAACGUCCUGCACGACGCCGGCGGCGUCGUCGCCGCGCUCGACCUCGGGUUCGUGCCGUCCACGUCAGCGGCGGGCGUGUCGGACGCUGACGUGUCGUUUGUCUAUUCGCUCGGCGCGGAGGCGGGGAUUGAAAAAUCGCCCGGCGCCUUCGUCGUGUACCAAGGCCACCACGGCGACGUCGGCGCCGCGAGCGCGGACGUGAUCCUCCCCGGCGCGGCGUACACGGAGAAGGCGGGGACGUACGUCAACACGGAGGGCAGGGCGCAGCGGGCGAUGCCCGCGGUCGCGCCGUUGGGGAGCGCCCAGGAGGAUUGGAAGAUUAUUCGCGCGCUGUCGGAGACGGUGGGCGCGGCGCUUCCGUACGACACCAUCGGCGACGUCCGACGACGAAUGGAGGAGAUAUCGCCCACGUUCGCGCGCGUGGACGACGUCCAGCCGUCGAUGUGGCUCAACGGCGCGACGUACGCGCAUAUCGGCGCGAAGGAGAGCAAGAUUGACGCGUCGGAGGCGUUCGGGACGUCGGUGACCAACUUUUACAUGACGGAUGCCAUCUCGCGCGCGUCGGCGACGAUGGCGAAGUGCACGAAAGCGCACGCGGCCGGCGCGCCGUGACGAUCGGCGUCCGUCGGGCGCGAUGGAAGACGAUCGAUUGUAUCCUACUGACUGUCCUCGUGUGAUGUAUAUCCAAAAGACAU